AUGAUUAUUUUUUCCUUAAAUAUUAGAGGAGGAGGUAGCCGGGCCAAGAGGAAGAGAGUCAGAUACCACAUUCAAAAAGGAGAGGUUGAUAUAUGUUUUAUCCAAGAAACAAAGUUAAGUGGCAUAAAUUCUAACAUAGUUAAGGAAUUGUGGGGAGAUAAUCAAGUAGAGUGGUCGCAUCUGGAUGCCAACGGGGCGUCGGGAGGCAUUCUUACGAUGUGGAAAAAGGAUUUCUUCAAUUUAAUCUUUAGUUUCCGUGGUGAGGGUUUCUUGGGUCUUUGCGUGGAGAAGGAUGGCAAACGCAUUUACUUCGUGUACGUCUAUGCUUCAUGUGACUUAACCACAAGAAAAAGAACUUGGGAUAUAUUAUAUGAUUUCAAAAAUAACAAUUUUAAAGGCUCUUGGUGCAUUGGAGGAGACUUCAAUUCUAUCUCCUCUUUAGAAGAAAGAAUUGGGAUAUCAACUCGUAGCUAUAGGAGGGAGAUAACGAUAUUCAAAGAGUUCAUAGAAGAAAUGGAGUUGGUGGAUCUACCUACCAUAGGAGGCAAGUUUACUUGGAUAAAAAGUAAUGGCAAGACUAUGAGUAGGUUAGAUAGAUUUCUUCUAUCGGAAAGCUUUAUUGAAGAUUAG